AUGGCAUCGCCCCUGGCGCCAAGUUUGUCCAGCGCCGCAAGAAGAAGGCUCGGGGUGUUGACGGUGAUGCUCUCCCCCUUGGUGCUGGCGACAUCUCUGGAUCUUCCGUACAAGGCGAAGUUCAUCAUGGUGCUUCUUCUUUUCGUGCUCCUGGUGAUGCGGUUCCUCCUGUGCCCGGUUUUAUUCACAGGGGUUCUGGCGGACGUGAAGAAGACUGACGUGAUGAUGGAGACUGGGAUGACGACUGCGUCGUCCGCAUCGCCGAGAAGCCCAUUGCGGACAAGACGGUCUCCUACCGCGACGCGCUCGUGGGCGAGCUCAGUGCGGUCGUCUCCUCCACUUUUGCCGAACAGGUCCAACGGUGACCUGGAGUUGGGUUGGGCCAAAGGGAAUGCCUGGGGCGGGCUCCCCACGCUGCUGCAGUUGCGCUUCGGGCAGCGUCGGGGAGCUGCCCCGCUGCAGGGGCCCCAUGCACGUGGGCCGGGUGGGACAUGA